CUGCCCGUCCUCAUCCUUAAAGCGAGUCCAAGGGGUACUACUCCCAGGCCAGCUCCUUCCGGCAACCAUGUCUGACAAACCCGAUAUGGCUGAGAUCGAGAAAUUCGGUAAGUCGAAAUUGAAGAAGACAGAAACGCAAGAGAAAAAUCCUCUGCCUUCAAAAGAAAUGAUUGAACAGGAGAAGCAAGCUGGCGAAUCGUAAUGAGAUGAGCGCCGCCAAUAUGCACUGUACAUUCCACAAGCAUUGCCUUCUUAUUUUACUUUUAGCUGUUUAACUUUGUAAGAUGCAAAGAGGUUGGAUCAAGUUUAAAUGACUGCGCUGCCCCUUUCACAGCAGAUUCAGAACUACUGACCAGGAAGGCCUCCCCUGCCUCUCCCACCCAUCUGGCUGGCUGGCUGGCAGGGAGGGAAAAGACCUUGCAUGUUGGCGAAGGAAAAAGUUGGGUGGGAGGCGGUGAAAUAUAGAG